UUUCCUACAUUUUUCUUUGGUAAACAAAAAAAAUUAAACCUUUUUGAGAUUUCCCUAAACCGAAACCUUCCCUCUCUAGUCAUUCAUCGUUGCCAACAUGCCAGCGGUGUUGGAAGAAUUUGAGCCAAUAUUCGGCGAACCCAAGGUCGAAUGGACGGGUUCUUGUUCGGGUUUGGGCCAAUCAAGCGCCUUCGUUUUCUACGUUCAUUCUCCCGAUUCAUCUCAUCUAAGGAUUUGCGUCUCUGAUUUCCGCCACACCACUUGGGAGUCCGUACGCUCCGUUUGGCAGCUUGAGGACAUGAGGGACAGUGUUGGGAUAGGCGGUUCUUGGUCUGACUUCAUUCACUAUCUGGUAGCCUCCAUUAAGUCUGAAGAUGUAAAGCUUCUCUUGGAAGCACUUCCUGAUUCAAAUGAUACUAAAUCUGCAAAGUUAGUUGCUCAGAAAUCAAAAGGGAUGCCUCGCAUUUCCUUUUCCCUCACAAAACUUACUGGUGCUGCUGCUUCAGAUGCUGUGGCUAAUCUUUCACAGGAACUUUUUAAAGCAUUUAAAGGCUUGCAAUAUCUAUUUAUGGAAGAACAAGAGCGCCGUUUGCAGUUGACAAAAGUGAUAUCAGUUGAAAAGGAAAAGAAUGAAAUCGUUCAGAGCCAAUUGGAGCUAAAUUCAAAGAGGCAAAAGUUACAAAAAGCGAUAAAUUCAUUAGAUAAAGUAGAUUUGACAAAUGGCCAAAAUCCUCCAGGCAAACAGGCAGCUCAAGGUCCUGGCCCAACAAAAGUGACUAAACGUCCUGUACCUGCACAUCGCAGGGCAAAAGCGAGGGGCAUCAUUUUGCAGGAUAGUGAAAACGAAACGGAUAGCUAGAAGAUACUUUGCACUCUUGUCAAGUUUGGCAUAUCAUACAGCAAAUCUUACAAUUUCACUAACGUUGGCAUUUUCAUUUACUAUACAAAGGUAAGUUUUUACAUUUAUACAAAAGAAUGAAGCUUUUAGUAUUUUAGGAUGUUUGCUGCAUUGCUAGGCUCCUCCUGCUGUAUCUCAGUUAUGUUACCUUUAAAUAUUGUGCUCUUGAAAAACUUUUAGAUACUUGGCCUCAUUUCACGCUCAGGAUUGUAUAUAUUAGUAUAUUUCUAACCUUCUAUUGAUUGUACUGGAAGACUUGCAUAUUUGACCCAUAAAGAUUUCUCGCAUGGUAAGUUUGUAAGUAGCAAAA